AACACCGACCAUCGUCAAAACAAGAAAUCGAUGAACAUCACGGCUAUCCAUCCACGGACUUGAUCUCCUUGACUCCCACAGAUUCGCAUGGGAAAGUGCUUUUUUCCUACGCUAAAUUCUCUGCACACCGUAGUUCUUUCCUCCGUUUUCGGCUCUUUGCCAGCGGUCUGUGUGUGGAGUUCCUUCGGUGAUUUUAUCCAUCACUUAAUCCUGAAUCUAGACCUGCCUGGGCCCAUCGACGGCCAGUUCUUAUUCGAAGCGGCUUGCAUAUAUCAGAUUUGACUUUUAUCCUCUUCUCGAGCAUCUGCACUACUAUUUCAUUAUUGUCCCAAGGGCUUUGCCUUCUUUUUUUUUUUUUUUUUAAACACGGAAGUUCAACACCUGUAUUACACAAUGUCCGGCCACUUCGACACCAACCCGCAACAACCCCCAAACCUCGACCCCGACGCCAUUGAACUCGUCCAACGCAACCAACAACAUGCGUCUUACGCCGGGCACGAGUCAGACCCAGAAGCCCUGCGUGCAGCCGGCGGCACUCCUCCUCCGGAGGGCAUCGACCCGGCCAGCAUUGCUUUGGUAGAAGACGUCCCUCCAGAUGGCGGGUACGGAUGGGUGAUUGUGGCAGCAGUUUUUCUUAUCAACGUCAACACCUGGGGCAUCAACAGCGCCUGGGGAAUUUUCAUGGAGCAGUAUAUCCGUGAGAACACCUUUCCGGAAGCCAGCCAUUUUGAGUACGCCCUCGUCGGAGGUCUGUCCGUCUCGCUGGCUCUGAUCUUAGGACCGAUUAUUAGUGCUAUCCAGAAAGCGUUGGGUACCAGGUAUACGAUGGUGCUGGGGUCGUUGAUGAUCUUUGCUGGCCUAUUCUCUGCGUCGGCGGCCAGUCGGGUGUGGCAUCUUUUUAUGAGCGUGGGGCUUUGUAUGGGAUUUGGGUUUGGGCUGCUUUAUAUCCCGGCAAUGGGACUCCUCCCCCCAUGGUUUUCACGCCACCGAAGCCUGGCUCUCGGUCUUGCAACGGCGGGAGCAGGCGGUGGCAUCGCAUGGAACCUCAUCACUGGCAAACUCCUUGCCGUUUCGGGAUUGAAAUGGACCUGGCGGAUUCUUGCCCUUGUCUCCGUUGCUUUCAACAUUCUUUGCGCCUUCCUCUGCCGCGAGCGGCCUAUCAGCUCUUCCACGGGGUCGUCGAAACGCCGAUCCUUCAACAUCCGUGAUUUUGGCAGGACCCAGGUUCUUCUUAUUCUCCUGUGGGGUUUCAUAACCGAAUUUGGCUACGUCUCCCUCUGGUACUCUCUUCCGAGCUAUGCAACCAGUAUCGGCCUCACUCCAUCCCAAGGAUCCGUGGUGAAUGCCAUGUUGAGCUUGGGAGUAGGCGUUGGGCGCCCGCUUGUUGGCGCCCUCAGCGACCGCUUCGGCCGCAUCAACCUCGCCCUCUUCUGCUGCUCUUCAUGCGCCAUCCUCUGCCUAACCCUCUGGAUUCUCGCCCGCUCGUACGCCGGCCUGAUCAUCUUUGCCUUGGCCGCAGGCGCUGGAGGUGGUUGUUUCUGGUCCACGGUGAACCCCAUUCUGGCGGAAACCGUCAGUCUCGCCGAAAGCAGUGCCAUUUUUGGCACUAUCUGCUUCGCCUUGGUAAUUCCUACCACCUUUGGCGAAGCCAUUGCGCUGCAGCUGGUCAAGGGUGGAGACGGCAUAAACAAGUUCAUUCCAAGCCAGAUCUUUGUCGGUUGUACGUUCCUGGGGGGUACCGCUUUACUCAUGCUCCUUCGCAGUUGGCAGAUUUGCGAAAUUGAGAGGAAAAGUGAGGGCAUGGGGAGUGGUCAACAUGAGGUGGGCCAUAAGAGGUCUGGAGAAGAAAGCCGAACGGAAGGGGAUCUGGAGGAAGGGGUUAUGGCUUCGGGAAGAAGCGCUGGGGUGGCGGUGUUGGGCGAGUUGAGGAGCUCGGCUGCUGGGAUGUGGUCUCCGAGAAAACUAUUUGUUGCCAGGAGGGUGUAGAAAUGGGUGGCAUGUCACGGUAAAAAGCGUUUGUUUUACUCAGGUUUAGGACUGUUCAGCGAAACCAUGUGUUUUGUAUAGAUCUAAAAGCACUAAUUAACUCUCUGAUGGCAGUAUCUCAAGCCAAGCGACUACCUGUGUAGAUAUCCGCGUAUAUGCUUUAAACCCCGAGUUGUGCCUGGUUCUGC